AUGGAUAUUUUACAAAGCCUGUUCACUCUAAAACAAGAUAUGAAAGAUGAAAUAGCUGAAGAGGAGUUCGAAUCUGGUAGUGAAGAUGGAGAAGAGAACUCUGUAGAAACAGUACCCAAAGUAACUAAGAUACAAGAAGUUUCUCCAAAAAAUGAUAAAACUCGAAGAUGUCGAAUACGUCCGGAUCGAGGAAAGUUCACAAUUCUCGAUGGUGCUCGCGUAGCUGACCCUGAAGAAGUGUUGGAAAUAGACUUCAGUCCAGAACUUCUACAAAGGAUAUUUCAAGAUUCGCGUGUAGGGAUACAGUUCCUAGCCAGGUAUGGGAUAAUACCCAAUACGAGAGAAUGUAAAAUUGAAAAUUGUCCAAAAGAACAAUUUAUGAGUUUGAUCAAACACGCUAACGGAUAUGUGUGGCGAUGUCGUUCAUGUCGUAAAAGAAGGGAGCGAAGAGUAAUAACGAAAAUUUCCGUUUACGAAGGGACAUUUUUAUUUUAUUCCCGAAUGCCAAUGAACAAAUUUUUCAUAUUCAUGCUUAUAUGGUCAGAGAACCCCGGUUUCACAGCUGCUGAAUAUAACCGUUUGCUAGGAGAAUUUCGCUUGGUCGAAGAAACCAUUCAUAAUACCAUUGGUUUCAUAAAGGAUCAUAUCCAAAGCUGGGUGCAACUUAAGUCGUCCCGAUGGCCUAUAGGUGGAGAGGGGCGAACUGUUGAGAUGUUAGAAACGUUCCAUACAGAAGAUGUGAGUGCCAAACAUAGAAAUAGACGAGAGAGACAUUUCACAAUGAGAAUUGUUUUAAUUUGUUGGGAAACUAAUGAAAUUUCAAUCUGCGAAUUCCCUGAUAGACAGUUUACUAGAGAACUUCUGGAAAGCACUUUAUACAAUAAUUUGAAAGAAAAAUCAACAGUUGUUAUGAGAGAUUUACUAUUGGAGAGAUUUGGAGAAGUUCCAGAGUUGAACGCGCUAUUCAAUGGGAUGUAUUAUAUAAAAACCAUAGCUGAUGUUUGGAAGGACUUAAGUGAAACCGAAAAAGACAAGCAGUUUAUAAAGACAUUAAUGGAAUCAGUUCAAUCUGCUGCAUCAGUUGAGCCGUUCGCAUAUGAAUAUUUCUUCCGACGAACAUUUGUACAGAAGCCAUUCAAUCAUCUUUUAAAAGCUAUACGAGAACUUUAUAGUUCGAAUAGUUUCACCAAAUAA